AUGAGAGAAAAUGUAGCCAACUCAAGUUCCAUGUCACAUUUUUUAUUGAUGGAGUUAUCUGACAGUCGAGACCUGCAGAUCGUGCACUCCUUUGUGUUCCUGACAUUGUACCUGGUGACUGUGAUUGGGAAUCUUCUCAUCAUCUUUGCAAUACUCUUUGACUAUCACCUGCACACUUCCAUGUACUUCUUCCUGAUGAACCUGGCCAUGUUGGACCUUGGUUCAAUUUCUGUAACCAUCCCUAAAUUCAUGGUUAAUUCUUUCAUGAAUACCAGGUUGAUUUCUUAUUCUGGGUGUGUUGCACAGGUUUUCUUCCUACUCUUCUUUGUAGCAUCAGAUUUUGCCCUCCUCACAGUGAUGGCCCAUGAUCGAUAUGUUGCCAUUUGUAACCCACUGCGGUAUGAGACAAUAAUGAACAAAGUAUCUUGCAUGCAAAUGGUUGCAAGUGCAUGGAUCAGUGGCCUUCUCUAUGGAAUACUACAUACCAGUAGCACUUUUUCGAUCUCCUUCUGCUCCAAUGUUAUUGAUCAGUUCUUCUGUGAAAUCCCACAGUUGCUGAAACUCUCCUGCUCUGACUUAUAUCUAAUUGAAGUUGGUGUUCUUGUGUUCAGUGCUAGUAUAGCGCUUGGUUGCUUCAUUUUCAUCAUUAUAACUUACGUCCAAAUUUUCACUACAGUGCUGAGAAUGCCCUCUGUGCAAGGAAGGCAAAAGGCCUUGUCUACUUGCCUUCCCCACCUUAUUGUGGUCUCCAUGUUUGUUUUUACUGGGACUUUUGCCUACCUCAGGCCUUCCACUAAUGCUCCAUCAGAUCUGGGUUUGGUAUUUGCGGUUAUGUAUUCAGUAGUUCCACCCAUGAUGAAUCCAUUGAUUUAUAGCAUGAGAAACAAAGACAUCAAGUUUGCUCUCUGGCAGGUCCUGGCCUGUGGAACUCUCUACCAGGAGAGAUUUGGCAGGAACUUUCAGAAAUCUUUUCAAAACUGUAUUGUUUAG